CUGACGACAGUCGGGCACAUCGCACCGCAGCGCUACUGUAACAAAAGAGUGAUCGAUCCCUGCGGUUUUAUUUAGCGAUCAUGAGCAGCACACAGUCUUACUGUCGCUUCAGUGAUGAAAACUACAAAAACUGGCUGAAAACAACGGAGAGUCUUUACAUACUGAGGAACCGCAUUCGGGACUUCAUAGAAAAGGAAACCGAAACUUAUCACAACUCUCUUCAAAACAAAUCUCAUCUCCAUAGACAGACCUGUACGCGAUCGUGCAAAUUUGCGAAUAAGCCUGUCUGCCAGUUGUGUGAACACUGGAAGAAUGAAAUCAUUGCCAAUCAUAAUGGGAAGGGUAAUAGUAUACACUGGGAGAACUGCCGGCCACUUCUAUGGCCCACAGAUAAGUGGGAAGUUGCCAAAGCACAUAUGCCACGUGGGCACAAAGAACAUCGCAAGUUUGACCAGUUUGAUAUUGCUGCCAUCCUGAACUUAAUGAGUUCCUGUAAACAUUUCAAGAGCAUCCCAGGACAAUCUGUGAUUAACGUAAUAACUGUACGGAACAAAUUGAUGCAUUCGCCUGACUUCAAAGUCAGCAAUGAGGACAUGAAAAAUCAUCACAAAACAGUCCUGCAGUUGGCUGAGAAGCUCCAACCUCAUGUCCCAGAAAUGAAAGACUUGGAAAAGAAGAUAACACAGUUUCAUAACACCUUGGACAAGAAUUUCAAUCAAGCCCCGUGUGAGGUAGAUGGCCAACUGAAAGAUCUCCAGACCAUGAAAGACUUCCAGAAAGUUCUGGACCGUGAGCAGCAAGCCAUUAAAGACAGGAUUGAAGACUUUUUCUCACGCUUUGAGGGGAACCAAGAUGAAAAUGUCAAAGACAUGAGUCUCCUGGACUUCCUGGACCAAAACAAAGAUCUCCUGGAGAACCUGGGCCCUGAAGUCAACAAACUGAAAGAGAUGCAGGCAAAAGUAGAUCAACAUGAGGAGCAGAUCAGCAACCUGACAGGCAGAGUGGACCAACUGGAGAAAGUGACACAUGAUCCAGUUAUUCCUGGCAACCUGCUUAGAUACAAGAAUCAUCUUUAUGAAUAUUGUCAGGCAAAGAAAUGGCCAGAGGAUACAUUUCCUGUUUUUACAGAGGAUCAAGAAUCCCAGGGUUACAGAGGUAAAGUGACGGUGAAUGGGCAAAGUUUCAUUGGCAGAAGGGUAUUUAACGACAAAAAGGCAGCGCAUCAGGAGGUUGCAUACAUUGCCCUCGAGCAACUAAAAUUACAGGAAGAAAGCACAGAUGAACUAUCAAGCUCAGUCAUACAGCCUGAUGCCUCCACUUCAUCUUCCUCAGGAAUCACUUUCUUUGGUAAAGUGACUGUGGAUCUCAAUCGAGAAGUUGAGUCUGAUAGAUGCUCUUCAAAGGAAGAAGCGACUGAAGCAUCUUAUAAGGUUUUAUGGGAAAGUUUUCGCAUCAGUGCUCCAUUAGAAGGUCAGACUUACAAGUCAGUGACGAUGGAAUAUUUCAACACAAAUGGCCUCCCAAAACCAAUGGAAGAUUUUGAUGCCAACACAACCAUCUGCAAGCUCAAACUCAUUGGGCUUUUCACUUUUUAUGACAAAGAUGGCUCCACCAAGAAGAAACAGGCAGAGCAACAGGCAGCUAAAGUCGCUCUGCAGCAUCUGUCAGGGAUCCUCAACUGUGCUCCAAUAUCAGAUACUGAGAAGAACUUCAAAGGUGUUCUGAAGGAGUGUCUAGAGACGCUGGGUCUCAAAAAUCCUGUUUACGACACAGAUAAUAAAGCAGAGGCCAGUGAAGAGCCCAUCAGCUCGGACCUGAUUACUUCUACAGUAUCCAUCAGUCAGGCGGAAGUGAAAGAUCACUCAGAGUCUGAAAUCAUCUCAUCAUUUCCAUCUUGCCAAGAGUCAGUCCGUGUUCCUGUUCCUGUGCAGCCGGACCCUCCAGACUCCAGCUCUCCAGCCUCACAGAGGAAAAAGCCCAGGAGUGAAUGUCCAGGAAUCACUUUCUUUGGUAAAGUGACUGUGGAUCUCAAUCAAGAAGUUGAGUCCGAUAGAUGCUCUUCAAAGGAAGAAGCGACUGAAGCAGCUUAUAAGGUUUUGUCGGAACGUUUUCACAUCUGUUCUCCAGCAGAAGGUCAGACGUACAGGACAGGGAUCAUGGAAUAUUUCAACAUGCAUGAUUUACAAAAACCAACAGAAGAGUUUUUUGAUGAUGACAAUACAACAGUCUGCAAGCUCAAACUCAUCGGGCCUUUCACUUUUUAUGACAAAGAUGGCUCCACCAAGAAGAAACUGGCGGAGCAACAGGCAGCUAAAGUUGCUCUGCAGCAUCUGUCAGGGAUCCUCAACUUUACUCCAAUAUCAGAUACUGAGAAGAACUUCAAAGGUGUUCUGAAGGAGUAUCUAGAGACGCUGGGUCUCAAAAAUCCUGUUUAUGAAGAGUAUAAAGCAGAGGCCAGUGAAGAGCCUGUCACCAGCGGUAUGAGCACAAAGCUUUCAAACUUAUCUAUCAAUCAGGAAGCAGUAAAAGAGCAUUUAGACCUGAAGUCUGAAAGCAUCUCCAAAUCAGCACAGCUCCCAUCAGGCCAGGAACCAGUCCGUGUUCCUGUUCCUGUGCAGCCGGACCCUCCAGACUCCAGCUCUCCAGCCUCACAGAGGAAAAAGCCCAAGAUUGAUUGUCCAGAAAUCGAUGAGCUGGUGAAUGUAUAUAAUCUCAAGCCACCACACAUGAAUGUGGAGAACUUGAAAUAUGAUCAGAAUGUCAAAUGUACUGUGACAGUCAACCUGGAAAAAUAUACUUGUGCAAACAAACAAGGCUACGACUCCAAGAAAGAAGCCAUUCGAAAAGCCUACCUGUUAUUCGGCCGUGCAGUGGGAAUUCUGGAUCCUAGCUCAGAUGAAAAGACGUGCAGUGCUCUGGUGAAGCAGCACUUUUCUCAGAAGUCUCUUAUUCUUCCUCAGGAAGAUGUUGAAGGAUCUGUAAAGCCAUUUUACUGCUCACUAAAAAACAUAACUUACGAUGUGAAGUAUGAUGGACAAGGGUCUUCAGAAGGUGAAGCCAAGUUACAAGCUCUCCAGAAUGCCUUACAUGCACUAUCACCUCUCUUUGACUAUGCUUCACUACCGGGAGCGGAUAGUCCUGAUGAGGUGCAGAAUCAGCUGAGCUCCAUGCUGAACGGGGCCGGUCAGAAAGAGCCUGUCAUUGACCUGAAAUUUGAGGAACGAGCCUGUAUCCAGCUGUCUUUCUGCGACUAUACGCUGAAGUGCACAUGCCAAAGCUCCAAGAGAGCAGCUCGAAAUCAUCUGAGUGAACGUAUACUGGGUCUGCUGGGGGUAAAGACAGCAGAUAACAAUGCAUCUUUGAGAAACAGUUUAGAUGUGUGGUUCAGAAAGCAGAAUCUGCCACAGCCAGUAUUUGAGGACAUAGAAGAGGCGCUUGGAGCAAAGGCUACUUUCUCUGUUCAGUUAAGCUGCUGCAGUCCAGGCUGGGAAGACAGCUGGAAAACUGCAAAGUCGAAGCUGCUUCAAGAGCUCAAGCUCAGAUUUCGAUUUCUCAAUGACAAAAACAAUUGAAAUUGAUUUUAGCUGGAAAAAAAAAAAUCUACCCAAAUUGCACUAUUGGUCUGCAUGCCCUAGUCACCUACUGUACCUUGACUUGUCCUGGUGAAGAUUUUCAAACCUGGCUUGCCAUUUUAUCUGUUUUAAGGUGUUGUUGUUGUUGUUGUUUUUUUAAAUACAGAUAUUUACAUUCUUAAAUGUACAUUUAUUUUUACAAUUUUACAUUUCCCUGGGAUUUAAAUCAAUGGCCAUGGCACUGAAUGAAACUAGAUGUAUUUUAAAGAUUUUAAAGAUUCAUACCAAAGGUAUACCAACUAAACCCUUUUAACAUCAGCAGAAAAUUACAAAUCAACAAAAUGUAAUUGUAUCGAAUGGAAAACCUGAAGUUUCAUUCCUUUUCCAAAAGGCACUGAUAUUGCACUGACUGAAAUUCAGAUUCAGGGGUUUGUUGUCUUUGCUGGAAAACUAAUUUUAAUCUACUACUGUGCAUAUGAUUUAAUGAGAUGAGCUACAUUUUUAACAGUUUGGUUGGUGAAGUGAAUUUAUUAAUUCCACACUUGAAUGCAGAGCCAUUUUACAGUAUUGACAUUUACUUGUGUUGGAAAAUUACCAGUAUGCUGCAGAUCUUCAUAGGCUUACGAGAGAAACUGAGUGGUACAAUGUGAAUUUUGUACACCAGCUUGUCAUUACCUUUAUUAAACGUUUUUGGUUAAUAUUGCCCUUGAACUGUUGAUUGUGCAAUUUGAAACCUCUUUACAAUGAACUACAAAAACUGUUUACAAAAAGCUAUACUUUAUCAAAUACAGUGAGGACAGAAAAUGCAUUAUUGAUUUAAUAGUAAUGCAAUUCAUUUUGACUGUAUUACAGUUC